CAUUGCGAAUCAAUACAACACAAAUUAGUUAACAAAACAAAUGGUGGAAUUGCUUAGAUGCCAGAAAAUUGGAUUCAGUAGAAUAAAUAGUUGUGUAGUAUUCUUUGAAAUUACCGCUAAUCAGCUUUAAAUUAAACAUAAAGUAUGUCUGAAGAAGUGGAGGUGAAAUUGGAGAAAUCGGACACUCAAUCAGACUCGGAAGAGGGCGGUGGAAAAAUUGCAUUUAAAAAGAAGCCACGGAAGAACAUUCGACAGAGGAGGGCUUCAUAUUCUGAUGAAGAAAAGCAAGAGGAUGAAAUCGCUGUACUUGGAGAAAUAAAGGUACGACAAAAAUUACGCCAGCGACCCCAUGGUGUAAGUGUAAUUGGCUUGGCAUUGGGCAAGAAGCUGGCGCCGGAAGAAGAAAUCGCUAUUAAAGAUCCAUUUAACGUAAAAAUUGGAGGCUUAGUGAAUAUGCAGGCUUUGAAGUCGGGAAAGCUGAAGGAGCCGGAAGACGUCUACGAUGUAGGCAUUGGCACACAAUUCUCUGCAGAAACCAAUAAACGCGAUGAAGAUGAAGAAAUGAUGAAGUAUAUUGAACAGGAAUUGCAGAAAAGGAAAGGUUUAUCUAAAGCAACUGCCGAUAAUGAGGAAGGCGAUCCAAAUAAGUACCUGACACCUGAAGAGGCUGCUUUGUUAGCGUUGCCUGACCACUUGCGACACUCCUCCUCUAAUCGUUCGGAAGAAAUGUUGUCCAAUCAAAUGUUAAACGGUAUCCCGGAAGUAGAUUUAGGCAUUGAGGCGAAAAUUAAAAAUAUUGAGUCGACUGAGGACGCCAAACAGAAACUACUGCAGGAUCAAAAGAACAAGAAAGAUGGCCCGUCACAGUUUGUGCCGACAAAUAUGGCAGUGAACUUCAUGCAACACAAUCGCUUUAACAUUGAAGAUAACGAGCAAAAACGUCGCAAGCGCGAUUAUGUUGCGCAAAAUGCCCAACAGCAGCAACAGCCGAAUCAUCAAGCCAACGUGGUGAAUGGUGUCAAGCGUGCAACAGAUGACUAUCAUUAUGACAAAUUUAAGAAACAAUUUCGCCGUUAUUAAAGAAAUUAAAUUUAUAGAGUAGCUUGAAAAAAAACUAUCAAAUUAAAUGGAAAAUAGCAGUGAUCCAUGUGCAAGGUAUUAAUGAGUUUUCCAGGCAACUCUACAAUCCCGUAUAUCAUCUACAAAAUCGGCUCUAAAACCUGCUGAACUCGUUUAAUCAUAUGCGAGUACAAAAUAUAACUGGCUUUUUCUAAAAUCGUACGGAUCUCCGUGCGUAGAACUUAUCCAUAGAAGAAUCUUGGGUAGUUGACGCCACAAUGUAAUAAAUAUUUUUUUUAUUGGAUACGCAUUUUAUUAAUGCAUUUAGUCUUUGUACGAUAAUAUCAUAAGAUCAUAUUCAAAUAAAUAGAUUCCAAAUUGUAUUUUAA